AUGUCGUCCGCCUCGUCCGGGGCAGCAACAUCUCGAUCCGCCUCUGCCAGUGAGGACGAGUCGCAUUCGCAUUACUACAACGACACUGAAGCCAUCAGCUCCGAUUCAACCCAAAACGAGGACUACACCUCCGAAGACGACAAUCUUGAAGGCGAUCUUGGUCCAGACGACUCGGCCUCCGUCAGCCCUGCUCCCAGGUAUUCAGGCCGCCCGGCGCCGCCACAGCGUGCCCUCCGUCACCACCAACUCCCUCACCGCCCCGGUCCCGCUCCCAGCCAAUUCCCGUAUCGGCCCGGUUCAGUGCCGAGCCAUUCUGAAAGCGUGGAUUCCCAAGAAGAAUACGCGUCCCCCUUCGCCCCUCGCGGCGGCGGCUAUGGCCACAGACCUCCCGCCCACGGGGGACACCCAAGCCAUGGGGGACACUCCGGCCACAACUCCUACUACGGCGGCCGCGGCGGUCACCCGCAGCCCGGCUUUCCUCAAAGUCAUGUAGGCGGCUUCGCCCCGAGCCCCUAUGGACACCCCCCCAACCAGAUGGUGCCCUUCGGGUACAAUCCCAACAAUGCAUUCUCGCCAAUGUCGCAUGGAAGUGGACAGAGCUACUUCCAUGACCCUCGCCAAUCUCAGUAUGAUAUGAUGCCAUACCAGCCACAGCAACCACCGGCCCUCUACAACCAGCAAGGCUACGGACAGAUGCCUCCAUGGGGCAUGUUUCCACCCCCACCCCCGCCUACGGAAGCCCCAGGCCCCUCCAAGACUCCUGCGAACGAGCCGCCACCGCCGCCAAAGGAGGAUCCUGAGAAGAUCAAGCUCCAGCAACAGAUCGAACUCUUCAAGAAGGAGCAGGCACUGAAGGAGGAGGAGCAAAAGCGGAAAGAACUGGAAGAGAAGCUUCGCAAGGAGGCUGAAGAGGCCAUCACCCGCAGGAUGGAGGAUUUGAGGCGAGCCCAAGAGCUGGCGCAGAAGGAGAUUGAGAAGGCCAAGCAAGAGGCCGAGAAAGCAGCCAGAGAGAGAAUCGAGGCCGAGCGCAAAGAGGAAGAGCAAAGGCAGAAGCUCCACCAGGAGGCGAUGGCCCGCGUCGAACGCGAAGCCAGAGAGAGGCUGGAGCGCGAACACAAGGCCGAGGCCGAGCGGAAGAAGCUCGAAGAAGAGGCCCGCCUCAAGGCCCAAGCCGAGGCGACGCAAAGGCUCAAGGAAGCGCUUGCAGCCGAGGCCGAACUCCGGGCCAAGGAAGCUAGAGAGGCCGAGGCCAAGCGGAAAUGGGAGGAGGAGAUGAAGAAGAGGGCCGAAGAAGAGGCCCGCGCCAAGAUGGAAGCCGAGAAGAAGGCGGCUGCCGACGCUGCCGCAGCGCAGGCAAAGCUCGAGGCGGACCUCAAGGCCAAGGCCGAAGCCGACUAUCUCGCCAAGGUCGCGGCUGCGAAGAAGGCUGCCGAAGAGGAAGCGGCAGAGGCAAAGCGAAGGGCAGAAGAGGCCAAGUUGAAGGCCGAGGCUGAGUUUGCGGCCGCGCAGAAGGCGGCGGCGGACGCGGCUGCCGCGAAGAAGAAGGAGGAGGAGGAGAUGAAGGCAAGGGCCGAGUUCGAGGCUCGCGCCAAGCUGGAAGCCGAGAAGAAGGCGGCAGAAGACGCCGCCGCCGCCGAAGCCGCCAAGAAGAAGGCUGCGGAGGAGCUCGAGAAGAAGAUCGCCGAGGAGACCAAAGCCAAGUACGAGUCCGAAAGGAACAAGGGCAAGGACAAGGCUCCAAUCAAGUUCAAGGACGCCGUCGGCAGGAAGUUCAGCUUUCCCUUCCAUCUGUGCUCGACCUGGACGGGCAUGGAGGAGCUCAUCAAGCAAGCCUUCGUCCAUGUGGACGUUAUCGGCCCCCAUGUUCAGGAAGGACACUACGACCUGAUUGGCCCCAACGGGGAGAUCAUUCUGCCCCAAGUCUGGGAUAAAGUGGUCGAGCCGGACUGGACCAUCGAGAUGCGAAUGUGGCCCAUGGACAGGCCCCCGCCCGGUCCGCGUCCUGGCAUGCCGAUGGACCCUAGAGCGGCGGAAAGAAUGGCGGCGCAUCUGCACGGCAUGCGCGCGCAUGCGCAUCGCGGGAUGGGCAACUUCCCGCCGGGCAUGGCACCUCCGGGUGGUCGCCCCGGCGGCGGUGGCCCGGCACCGCCUCCUCCUCCAGGCUGGCAGGGCACACGCCCCGGACCCCCCGGUGGUGUGCCGGCCAACAUCGUUACUGUUGAGCCCAACGGCAAGCCAAAACACAGGUCCAAGGCUCAAGGCUCGAUGCUCAGCUGGAUGGCCGGUGGCGCAAAGGCCCCAAAGAAGAAGUACGUGUUGAACUCAGACCCUCAGCGAGGAGGCCGUGAACUAAUAACCGGCAGGACAAAGAAAUGA